AUGGCCGACCUCCCCUCCUCCUAUGAAACCCUCAAGCUCCCUACUAUCAGAUUCUCUCACCACCCUCCUUCCUCCCCCAUGGUAACCCCCAUCAUCCUCGUGAUCCUCGACCGCCCAGCCGCCAGAAAUGCCUUCAACACAGCAAUGAUGACCUCUCUAGAGCACGCCUUUCACCUCCUCUCCGCCGACCCCCGCGUGCGCUGCAUCGUCCUCACAGGCUCCGACCCGACCAACCAGAUCUUCUGCGCCGGCAUGGACCUAACCGCGUCGCCAGCAUCCGUCGAGGCAGACCGCCUCUCAAGCGCCACGCGCGACACGCACCGCGACGGCGGCGGGCGGGCGUCCCUCGCCAUCUUCCGGUGCCACAAGCCCGUGGUGGCGGCGGUGAACGGCAGCGCGGUCGGGGUGGGCGCGACCAUGACGCUGCCGUGCGCCGUGCGCGUGACGCACCGCCGGGCCCGCAUCGGCUUCGUCUUUGCGCGGCGCGGGCUCGUGCUCGAGGGCUGCAGCUCCUUCUUCCUGCCGCGGCUGCUGGGCGCCUCGCGCGCCGUGCACCUCGCCACCACGGGCGCCGUGUGCCGCGCCGACGCCCCGCUGCUGGACGGGCUGUUCACCCUCGUCGAGGACCCGGCGGCUGUGUUGCCCCGGGCGCUGGCCAUCGCCGAGGACGUGGUGCGGAGCGCGAGCGUGGUGAGUGCCGUGGUCAUGCGGGAUAUGAUCUACCGCGGGCCGGCGUCGCCUGAGGAGGCGCACCUGCUGGAGAGCAAGGUGCUGUUCGACCUGUUCAGCAAGCCGGACUUUGUCGAGGGCGUCAAGGGGUUCGUGGAGAAGAGGGAUCCGGUGAUGGAGGGCACGAUGCCCCAGGACGGGCCGAGCGUGUGGCCUUGGUGGGAGGAUGUGUUGUCGAAGGCGCCUAACGAGGGCGGUGACAAGGCAAAGCUCUGA